CGUUUUUCAUCCAAAGCUAAAAUCCCGAUUUUUAUUUCACUUUCUAUCUGUUGCUGCUUUUGGAAGCUCCGGUGCAGUUCUGACGCUGCCGUAUUAACUCUCCUCCGAAAUGUCUGCGUAUGAUAAUGUGGUUGGCGGGAAGUUGAAACUAAAGGGAAAGGCAUUGGAUGUAAAAGCUGCUGGAAUAAAGAAAAAGAAAAAGAAAGAAAAGAAGGAUUAUGAUCAAAUCUCCCAGGUUACAGGAAAGGAGCUUUCAACAGAUGGUGGUAGUGGAUCUUUAGAUGAUCCCAUCAAGGAAGAGAGUACCGAUGCCACUAAAUCUGUUGGUGAAGAAAAUGCUGGUCGCUGGGAUGAUAAUCUAACCCCUGCAGAGAGGCGCUACAUAGAACAAAGGGAGAGGAUUGACAUGCAUAAGAUGGCCAAGACUGCUAAUAAAUCACAUCGUGACCGAAUCGAAGAUUUCAAUCAGUACUUGGCAAACAUGAGCGAGCACUAUGACAUUCCCAAAGUCGGUCCUGGUUAAUUAAGAACAAAUCAGAAAUUUGCUCCAUCUCUAUAUCUUGUUUAUGGUUGUUUUGUUUUAGCAUCUUCAAUAGCUACUUUUUUGCAAUUUGUAUUAUGUAAUUUAGCAGUUCCCUUUGCUAGAUGGUGAAGGGGAGCCUUGGAGUAAUGGUAAAGUUUUCUCCGUGUGACCUAUAGGUUACGGGUUGAGCCGUGGAAGCAGCCACUAAUGCUUGCAUUAGGGUAUGUUGUCUACAUCAUACCCCUUGGGGUGUGGCCCUUCCCCGGACCCUGCGUAAAUGGGUAUGCUUCGUGUACCGGGCUGCCCUACCCUUUGCUAGAUGGUCGCUGCAUGGCAUGUUGACUUUUGAGGUUUGAGCCUAGCAAUAGUGUUGCUCAAAAGUUCACAGAUUGUAUUUACUUAAAAUGAAAUGCCUGAACCAGUUUCAAUUUAGUAAAACAUUUCAGAAGGUGGAGAAUUCUCCUCUAAUGCCUGUCUUUGUUUCUCCUGUA